AUGACUCAGUCUGAGCAGACCCUCAGGACACUCAAAUCGUUCCCCCUCGAGAACUAUGUUCCGGAUGCGGCCCAUGUGAGGUCUGAUUUGAUGCCAAAGCUUGGCACCAUCGUGAGGUCUGAGUUCUCGGUCGACUUUGAACUCGUGUACGAGGUCCAUGGCGAUUACGACACGGGCGACGAAGACAACGCGAGCUUGCUAGUCGUAAGAGUUGUUCCCAGGCCGGACGACCUCAAGCGGCAGUUUCUAUGGUUCAACGUGACUCUUACUGUUCUUCCGGACGAGACGAAGGGCCAGCGAAGAGAUGAACACGAAGAUAGUGUGCCGCUUCUUGCUUCUAUUGAGCCUGCCUCCAGCGGCGACCAGUUUGCCGACGUAUUCACGACAAACGAGACUCGCGAAACCGCGCUGAAGGGAACUCUGCAGGCGCAGAUAUACGGAGUCAUACCCGGCAUAGAGGGUUCGAGGUCGUCCAAGUCCGAGUUCAAGGCCCACCACUUGCUCAGGGUAAAGUCGGGUACGGACCGCACCAACAUGGCACUAUCGAGGAAGAGGGCCAACCGCGUGUGGUGGGAAGUUCGCGCAGCAAAUGAGGGGGACGGGAUCGGCGACAGCUUCACGGUCGCUCUGCUAGUCAAGCGCCCCAAGGGAUCCAAGUUCCGCGUCGAGGCGAACACGGAUGGCGAGAUAGGUGUCCUGUUUGAGAAGCUCAAAAAGUUCGUCCCUUCUGGCCUCCGCAGCAAGAAGGACCCAUCGCUUCUCGAUGUCUUCGGACCGGCCCGAGCCGGCUCCGUCCAGAGACUUCCCAAAGGCGUCGAUGAGAAAAACCUACACGCGGCUUCGAGAGAUAACGUAAUGAAGAGAAUUGACGAGGUCGGUCUACAUCUUCAGGAGCAAGGCCGACUGGUGAGAUUCGAACAAGUCGUGCAGCAAGCUGAGCAGACCUUGCCUCCCACCACUGCCACAUCCCCUGCUCCUGCCCCUGCCCCUACCCCUGCUCCGCAGCCCUCAGCUGUCCAGGUCGCUGACCCCCCAACAUCAAAACCCAAGAGCGGAGCGGAGAGUGAGAUGAUACCGCCCGGCCCGGUUUCCCGAGAGCCUUAUCCUCGACGGCCGGCCCAGGUGAUUCCUGCACAGCCAAUUUAUUCUAUAGCUCGGACAGAGCGGCUUCGCAAGAUGGCCGCCUUGUAUGAUCGUCUUGCGGACUUGCUGCGCGAAGAAGCUAGGGAAUGCUUGUCGGGAGAGGAGAGGGGAUAUGCCGAUGAGGUGGAGAGGCAGGCCUGGUGA